ACCAAAUGCAUGUGUUCUAACAGACAUCCCGACUACCCAUUGUUGACCAAGGAGAAAUCGAUAUUUAAUUUGAGGGUGACGGAGGGCGACGGUCCAGGAGUGCAGCUCUCGCCAUCCGCCUCCGGGAGCCCUGGCUAUCGUUCUUGCGCUUUGUGUACUCCAGCGCAGCCGCCCAGGCAGACUCGCACCCCAGAUUCUCGAAACGAUGAAGCUGCUGUCGCUCGUCUCGUGUAUUACCUUCAUACUCGGCGGUGUCCAGGCCGCUGACUUUGCGGGUCCUGCACCCCAGGGCGAGGCUAUGAACGUUCUGCACGAUGAGAUCGCGCGACCACGCGUGACCACGCUCCCCACGGCACAGCUCAAUGCGUUGGCGCCGUACUCUGAGUUUGCGCGUGCGGCGUACUGUGAUUCGAGCAUCAUUAACGGCUGGCAAUGUGGGCAGGCGUGCCAGGCUGUACCAGGAUUUGAGGUCACUCUGACUGGUGGCGAUGGGAAUGACAUUCAGCUAUACUACAUGGGAUACUGGCCCUCCCAAAAUGCUGUGGUAGUCGCCCACGAGGGUACUGAUCCUACUCAGUUCCUCUCCGACCUGACGGACGAGGAUAUCGCCAUGACAAAGCUCGAUCAGACUCUGUUUCCUGGAAUCUCUACUUCGAUCAUGGCACAUCAAGGCUUCGUGGACGAGCACGCGAAGACGGCGGCGACCAUUCUUGCAGAGACAAAGAGGCUGAUCGCGGCUAAGGGUACGACGCAGGUCAUCCUGGUUGGACACUCACUGGGCGGCGCCCUGGCGGAGCUGGACUCGCUGUUCAUGACAAUGAACCUGCCCUCGAACAUCCACAUCAAGGGCGUUACCUACGGCACGCCGCGCGUCGGGAACCCCGACUAUGCGACGUUCUUCGACUCAACAGUGUCCGACUUUAAGCGCAUCAACAACGAGCUGGAUCCAAUCCCUAUUGUCCCCGGACGCCUUCUCGGCUUCUCGCACGUCCACGGCGAGAUUCACAUCGUCUCACCAGGCGACGCCGUUGCGUGCCCUGGGGACGACGAUGCGACUGACGCACAAUGCACUAUUUCUACCGUGCCGAAUAUCAUUGAUAGCAAUAUCCUGGAUCACUUGGGGCCGUAUCAGGGCAUCUGGAUCGGUGCUAUGUUCUGCGCCUGAAAGCUUCCUUGACGGAUCAAGGUGAACAUUAAUGAUUGCGAUAUUAUUUAUGAAGUUAGGACUGUUUCGCUAGUGUAUCAAAAGGACUAAGAGUUUUAUACCGUCACCUGUGUCCGUUUGGUUUUGAACGAGCCUCCAGCCUGAAGGCUUGCCACCUCCAAAGGCGCGCAGAGACUUUGACGCUUAGGUUCAGCGAAGGAUUGUCUUGUUUGCCGGCGCCCGCUCUCCAUGCGACGUUUAUUGAUCCCUGUGUGUCUGUGUGCAGGCUCGAGCU